GGCACCAUCCAUCCCGCAGCCGCUGCCAAACUCGCAGACCAUAGCGCCUGCUUCCUUGGCCGCGGUGCUGCAGAACAUGGCCAACGUUCCACAGGCGAUGAUGGGACAUGGCAUGCUCCUUCAGGCGCAAAGCCCGCAGAUGCCCAACAUGCUGCCGCCAGCUCGAGACCUGGUCCAACAGCGAAUGGACCGCACACCCAGGCCAGGACAGCAAACUACGCCGGAGCCUCCCAAGAAGCAGGAUGCUGUCGCGCGCCAAGGUGAGGCAGCUCAAGAGGAGAAGCCCCCGCCGCCAGAGGAGGACUCCGAGCCAAUCCGUUGUCACUUCCACAGAAAGCCGCAGCUGAACUGCAAGAUCUGUCGGCGAGUAUACUAUUCGGCGGUGGAUCCAAACUCGCAGAAGAAGGACGAUAGGAAGGGCUCCGAGAAAAAGCCAGAGGAUGAGACGCCUGGUGCACGGAUGCGCGGCGCGGAAGCCUUCGAAAUCACGAACAAGCAGACAUACAACUUUAACUCCAUGCUGCGGGACCAAAUCUUGAAGAACACCUACUUCAAGACGCUGGUCAAAAUCGACACUUUCGAAGGCAUCAUGGACGAGAUGUAUCAGUAUGUAGAGACAGCGGAGACCUACGGCGGGGGCUCCACGACCGUGCCCUCCAGCUUGUUCUGCUGCCUCUACCGCCUGUUCACCAUCGGCCUGUCCUAUGACGAGUUGAACUUGCUUUGCGAGUCCAAGGACUGGCCUUACAUCAGAUGUUGCGGAUUCCUCUACAUCCGCUUUGGUUGUGCUCCCGAGAAGCUCUGGGAUUUCCUGGGGGAGUACUGCGUGGAUGACCAGGAGUUCGAGCCCUCGAAAUCCACGCCGGGCUUUGUCGUUACCAUCGGCGAGUAUGUUGAGUCCCUCCUACUGGACGAGCGCUACUACUACUCGACUCUUCCGCGCAUCCCCAUGGGCGUCAUGAAGAAGAUCGAGCAAAAGGUGGCUCCGCUUGGGCAGUACAGAAAGAGGGCAGCGCAGAACAAGGCCAUCCUCCACUUCUUCCGGGAACCGGGAACACCGGUGGAGGCAUGCCGGGACAACGGCACCUGGGUGUCUGGGCAGACGCUUUCGGUGAUCGAGUCAGUUCCCAGCCGCAUCACCAUCAGAGUUCGAGCGGCGGAUGGCAGAGAGGAGGUAUAUCCCCUCGGCAGGGUGAUCCUGCGAGAGGAUCCGAAGAAGCUUGCUGAAAGAGCACGCAGCAGAAGCCGAAGUCCCAAGCGGGAUCCUGCAGGCCCACGGUCGCACUCCCCGGAUUUGACACGAAAUCGUGGCCAAUCCAUCGAGGAAAUGCUGGAGGAGCUGAGAGCGAAGCAGCGUGAACGGGCUGUCUGCAGCACCGGCAAGGACUACCACCGAAAACCUAUAGGUUUCAUGAGCGGCCUGGCCAUGAAGCGGGAUGUGGGACAAGCCUCGACACGACUCCGUGAGGAGGAAACUUAUGCUCCUCGCCAGGUGGAGCACAGGAAGCAGAUAGCGGAUGAGUCCAUCCUGAGCCGUCCAGAAACUGAGCGGGAUAGAGAGCAGCAGCUCUUGAAGCAGCAGCUCUUCGAAAAGUACGGCAACAUCAACCCGAGGACCACUGCCAAGGAGCAGCAGCAACCCGCUGACAUGGACAUCGAAGAUGCCUCGGUGCUGCGGCUGGGCUGA